AUGACUUCUACUGUUCUUGUUACUGGAGCCAGUGGCUUCCUUGGUCGAGCAGUUUUUAAUACUUUUCAACACUCUGGUGUGUUGGUCGUUGGGCAGGGAUUCUCCCGAGCUGCCCCGCCUACUAUCUUGAAGGCCGACCUCGAGAAGGGUGAAGACAUUCAGAGGUUAUUUGAUGAAGUGAAACCCCAAAUCGUCAUUCAUUGUGCCGCAAACAAGUCCCCCGACCUCUGUGAGAAGAACCCGGAUCAAGCCCGCAAGGUCAAUGUCGACGCCACUCGCGCAUUGGCAAAAGAAUGCCAGGACCGCAGCAUCUUCCUCAUCUACAUCUCCACCGACUAUGUCUUCCCCGGUACUGAAGGGGAAGCACCCUACGAGGCCGACUCUGAGACCAAGCCGGCUAACUUAUACGGACAAUUAAAACUCGACGGCGAGAAGGCCGUUCUGGAAGAAACCAAAGAUUCAGCUCUGGGUGUCGUGCUGCGCGUCCCCGUGCUGUACGGUAACGCCAAGGAGAACUCCGAGAGUGCCGUGAACACUCUUGUCGACGCGGUUAAGAAGGCUACGGAAGAAGGUGCCGGCGUGAACAUGGAUGAUUGGGCUCUACGUUAUCCCACUAACACGGAGGAUGUCGCCCGCGUGUGCCGUGACAUUGUCAUCAAGUACCUGCGUGAGAAGGAGAAGCGCAAGGAGUUGCCUCGCAUCUUGCAAUUCUCUUCCGAGGACCGUAUGACUAAGUAUGAGAUUUGCCAGAAAUUGGCUCAGGUUCUUGGUGUUGCGACUCCCGGUAUGAUUCCCAAUAAGCAGGGCAAUGAUCCCAAUGCUGGUGUUAGUCGGCCUUAUGAUACGCAUCUUUCCACCAAGGCUCUAACUGAUUUGGGAAUCGAUGUACGUACGAUGGACUUUAUUGCGUGGUGGCGUCGCGAGUUGGGUGCCUAUAGAAAAUAA